AUGAAGAAAAUCCAUACUCUGCUCCUCUUGAGCUUCUCUCUUCUCUGCCUUAGAGAGGUUAGAAGUCUCAGGUGUAACAGCUGCACAAGUAGUCAAUGAUCAAAGUGUAUGGAAGGAGAAGGCUCUUGCAUUGCGAAAAAUGAUGAAGCAUGUGCAACCAUAUACUACUACAAGAGAAAGUGAGGAAACAAACAUCUGUACUCAACACAUAUGUGCAAAUAUAAGUUCAAAGAAGAACAAAGCGAAAAAGGAAACUUGUUGAGGGUGACAAUGUGCUGCUACAAAAAUUUAUGUAACAUUGCCUAG